UAUAUACUGGGGAGAGAGAACUUGUAGAAUAAGGACCGGCCAGUUCGAGGCUGUAAUAGCGACAAUUAGCAACAGGAAGUAGCAGCUUGAAAGAUAGUGUGUAUGCAAAAUCACGUGACCGAUGCGCUGAAUCAAAAUCGCGGUCGACGGGCCAAUCAGUCAACCAGCAUUCGACCGACGUGUUGACGCGACACUCUGUUGUAGGCGGCUAUCUAAAGUGAGGGUAUCCCUGUGAAGAUGCAUGAACGACCUCGACAACUCUGUCUCCCAUAAUAAUGACUUCCGCCCAAGUUUUGUAUGUUCCUACGAACCACAACUUCGGUAUCAUUCACCCCUCUGGCCUCGCUCUCCUCCCACCUAACUAACUAUCGCCGUUUUACACAAGGGACGGCAUAUUGCAAACGAUCACUGCUAAAACUUGAGACAUAGGAGCAAUACUAAUCGACCUGAGAGACCGGCUUUCUCACACUCAUGUUCCAAUGUGUCGAUACGAGUGUUUGGGCUCAAUUGUUCUCAUAUUCCAGGAUAUUGGUGAUAAGGUCCGCUCCGGGAGACAAUCCAAGGUCUUGCAAGGCGCCUCCUCUGUCUCGUCAUCACCAUCCUCAUCCUCUCCAGCGCCAUGCUCCAUGAAAUCUUGCUAUCCUUGUCGGGACACCCGUCACCUUUACUCCGGAAUGACCAUUCCAAUCCCGGAGCAUCGGCCCUCGUAUCGCCGCCGGAGAGACAACUCUUAACCACGGCCGCUCAUCUCAGUGACCUCCAUUGCAACCUGAGAGAACAGACCAAUCACAUCAGUAGUACUCACCCUUCAGCCAUAUGUCGCGCCGUCUCCACCGCCAUAGUGGCUAUCCAUCUAGCUUCUUUUCAACGUAAGAUUAUCGAGGUUGAGGACGGCAUCCUGCGCAAAGAUGCUGCGUUGGUGGGCGCUUACAACAUUGUGCCCUUGACAGCCGUCAUUGGUCAGUUCUCUGACUGGACCCGGCGUCUAGAAUGGCUCUGGGAGCUAGUUCAGUUUAUGAAGGACGACAAGGGUAGAGAAGAUAGAGUACCUUGCCAGGCAGCGAAACUUAUUGACAGAUUGCGGGAUGAGCUGCAGACUGGCUACGCUGACAUCUCCGAGACCGCUCAAAGUCUGCUUCAAGUUGCUGAGACUUCAUGGUUGAAGCAGGUUUCGACAUGGGUCUUAUACGGGCGGCAGCCAACUGUGGGUGGGUAUGAUUUUUUCAUACGUGAGGAUGGGGAGGAAGAACAGGGAUACAAGAUUAACUACGAGUUGCUGCCAAAAUUUGUGACGCCAUCGACAGCAGCUUCAAUGUUGUUCAUCGGCGUUUCCAUCAAUAGAGCUCGGUCAAGGGCGUAUUCAGAUCUUGGUGCCGGUGAUCUUAGUCACGUCUCUUCACAGCACCGGGAACUCGCGCAGCUAUCUUCGCCUCUUAAUGGCGUAAUCUUCUCACGAGCCAUCACAAGCAUCAGAUAUACUCUGUCCAAAACUACUUUACAGAAACUGUUGCCAUUGGCCAGGGUGCAAGAAAUAUUGAAGGUAUUGAGAGAAUUUUUCUUGAUCGGCCGUGGUGAAUUUGCCAUUGCCCUGGUGCAGCAAGCCGAUGAGAGGGUCCGUAGCCGCUGGCGGCGAGCUGACAACUUGGCCUAUGAAAGCAGAGAUGCCCUGAGCACGGUGGUAGUGAAAGAGGGCGAGGUAUCCGCCGUCUUAGCCAGGACCUGGGCUUUCCUAGGAUCCAUGCAAAGCGAACAUGCCGACGAAGAUGAAGCACUCGAGCUUGCUAGAGAUCUUCUGCGACUGCAUGUGUCCAAGUCUACCGAAGCAGCAACGCCAGCCAAAGUCUCCCACCUUGCCACGAAUAAAAUACUCGAUGCCAUCGUACCUACACCUUUCCGCAAUCUACUCUUCUCAGUCCCCGUCACUCUCACAAUGCAAAUACAUUCGCCCCUUGACCUCUUCCUCACUCAAUCCGAUCUCCAAAUAUAUACCGCGAUCAACUCAUACCUCCUUUCAAUACGACGCGCCCACCUUCGCUUAACAGACCUCUGGAAAAUCACCUCUCUCCGGCGGCAACACCCACCACCUCCUAGGGCACCCUACGGAAACACCAAACAAGGUAUCGCCAAAACCAACUUACUUCGCGAACGCUCGUCUCUCCGGUCCUCCAUCAUGAGAGGCACGUGGAGCACCAGUAGCGCCGCGAUAUUCUUCCUCGGGGAAACAGAAGCAUAUCUACAAGUCGAAGUAGUCGAGGGUCUAUGGUCUCAUUUCCACGCCUGGCUAACCGGCACCGAGCUCAGCCGCCCUACAUCAUCGCGAGACGCCCUCAUUCCCGAGGACCCGGAAACCCCCCAUCCCAACCACGACCCCCAAACCCUCAGCACAGCCCACCGCCAAUACCUCAGCGCUCUGACGCGCCGUCUCCUCUUAACCCAGCACGCGUUCACGACCCCCCUACACGACCUACUCCUACAACUCGACCAGCUCAUCGCCCUCGUGCACCGACUCCACGGCGUCUGGGUCGCCGCCGAUCUCGAGGCAGACGAGGGCGUCGUCGACGCAUUCUCAAACCUCGACGCGGAAGAGCGCGAUGUGCGCGCGCAGCUGCGCGGCGUUGAGCGACGCGUGAAAUUCGGCAUCGAGGACGUGAUUUCCUCCCUGCGACGACUUAGUCUCGACGCGGACUUCCUAGCUGAGAUGGAGGGCGACGACGAGGGCGCUUCUGAAGAAGACGAAGUGGACGCGGACGGGGUCGGCCAGUACAGGCCUCAUCGCGUGGGCGGCAUCGAUCGCUUGCUGAUGAAGCUGGAUUUCGGGGACUGGUUUGGGCCCGCGAGUGGAGAUGAUGGGACGGGAUGAAGUGUUUGGUUAUUUAUACAAUUGGCGGAAACUAUGUAAUUGAUGCGUUGUAAUGGUUUAUGAAAAUUCGCUCUAUAUAGUGACUAGGGUCCGAAUCAAAGUACUCAUCCUAUAUGGAAAAUUCGAUAUAUUACUAAAUGAUAGGACUCAAUUACGCACUCAAACCUACCUCCCUACCUACAAUGUCAAGGAU